CAGAUGCGUGUUGUCCUCCUAAGUUGUUGCGGUGGUAUGGUGCAUGGAGUCAUGGACUUUUACUAUGCUAGUGGACUUUGCACAGCGAUGUGAGAUUGCGAUCAAGGAAGGGACUCUAGCCCCCCUUCAAUUCGAGCUCCGACAACUGCUCAAGGAAUAUACGUCUUUCAGCUUAGACGGACAGCACUUUCUGAACUUGAAGAUUAAGGCUUUGGUGUUGGACUUGCUGCAUGCCAUUGACGUCCUUGACCAGUUGCUGCGGGAGUCAGCAUUGAGCAUAGACGACUGGACCUGGAUGCGGCAGUUGAGGUUUUAUGCAUCCAGUGAAGAUGGCAGUGUGACCGUACAGAUGGCGCAGGCUCAGUUUAACUACUCGUAUGAGUAUCAAGGCAACGCCCCUAAGCUGGUUUACACGCCCCUGACGGAGAAAUGCUUUUUAACUCUCACGCAAGGCAUGAGGUUGGGAUAUGGCGGCAAUCCCUAUGGACCGGCUGGGACGGGGAAGACGGAGUCAGUCAAGGCACUGGGUCAGCUUCUGGGCAGACAGGUUUUGGUAUUUAACUGCGAUGGCGAAUUUGACUUCCGGAGUAUGGGCCGCAUCUUUACGGGUCUAAUCAAGUGCGGUGCAUGGGGAUGCUUUGAUGAGUUUAAUCGACUUGAAGAGGACGUGCUGUCUGCUGUUUCACAGCAGAUACAGGUCAUACAGUCGCACUGCAUGUCAGGCAAGGACAAGGGCGCAACAGCGUACUUUGAUAUCUUGUUCGAGUCCAUUCGCGAAGUUGGUGAGAAAAGUGUUGUUGGAGUGAUCAUGGACAACGCUGCAGUGUGUGUGAGAGCUGGCAGAUUGGUGGAGGAUACAUUCCCUAUGAUCUUCCAUGUGCUAUGUGUUGCACACUGCUUUGACUUAGUGUUGCACGAUGUUGGGAAGAUGGAGUGGGUGGCUCGAACGGUGGGGAAGGCGAAUGACUUGGUAAAGUUCAUCAAUAACCACCAGCGAGUCAGGGAUGUUUACUGCAUCCACUCGGGUGGGAGACAGCUACUGCGACCUGCAACAACGCGUUUCGCCACCAACUUCCACAUGUUCGACCGCUUGAGGAAGCAGCGAAAAGCGUUGGUGGCUAUGGUCACAACAGACGAGAGGUGGACAACAACGUUGGUUCCCCAUGCACAGCGAUCGACCUUCCACGAGAUGGAAGAUGUCUUGCUUGAUGCAGCAGGGUUUUGGAAAAAUGUCAACAAGGCAAUCAAUGCCGUAUACGACAUUGUUUUGCUGUUGAAGGUGGUGGAUGGCAACGGUCCAACCAUCAGCAGGGUUUAUGCGAAGAUGGACAGGAUAGUGGAACGUCUGCGAGUCAACAAGGACUUGACGGCAGAGGACCGGGAGGAGAUCGAGGUGAUGGUCAUGCGCAGAUGGAAUGCUAUGACCACCCCCCUCCACUGUGCAGCCCUGUUCUUGGAUCCGGAGUACCGGACGUCUGAGCCGCACAACGAUCCAGAGAUCCAAGAUGGAUUCUACACUUGGGUGUACACAUGGCUGAAAGGGUCGCCGCAGGAGGUGUGCGACGAGGUGGAGUACGAAGUGGAUUGUUGGGUUCAGAACAUUGGGAAGUUCAUCUCGCAAGCGACCAUGGAUGCAGCCCGUUGUGAAAGGAAUUGGAGCCUUUUUGCAGCAAUUCACUCCAAAGAGCGGAAUGCCUUGGCCCCGGAGACAGUGCACAAAUUGGUGUACACCAAGUGGAAUAUGCGCGUGCUUGACUCGCUGCAGCGGAUGCCGGAGAGGGCAAAAGACCUUGUUGAAUGGGAUGACCCACCGACGGAGGAGAAGCAAAAGGAGGCUAAAGAAAGAGUGAAGUUGGCUGAGCGCAGAUUGAAGAGCCUUACCUCGGUUGGUGACGAUGUUGUUCCACCUGUUGAUGGCGGGGGUGACGAAGAUGGGGAUGAAGCUGCUGUUCCGUGCCGUGAAGAAUGCAACCUCGAGGAGAUUGAGGAGGGUCAUUGCGGGGACUGGCGUGGAUUGACAAAGGCAGGCAACUUCCUCGUCAAGCGUUCCCAAACUGAAGUGCAAAGGAGGGCACGCACCUUGGGAACAGAGGAGCACAUGCGUGCUCACAGAAAGGGGGGUGGUGACACACUGCCUCAUGGUGCUGCGACGACAGCACCACAGAAGGAGACAGGGACAUCGUCGGCACAAUCUGAUCCUCCACGCCAAAAAAAAGGUAGAGGCAGGCCAAGAAAAACGCCAGCGACGGAUGUGGGUUCAGAUGCCGUGACUGCGAAGGGAGAGAACAACCCUGCGCAGACACUCGAGGAAAACCCUGCGCAAACACUUGAAAAGAACGGAGGAGAGGGGAGCAAGGACGAGGGGGGCAAGGACAAGGGUGUGACAAGGAAGAGGCCACAUGAUGAUGAAGAGGAAUGUUCAUCGGACUACACAUCAGGCGAUGAUGAGCGGCGGUAUCCACGCACACAUAAACAGCAGAGGAGCACAUCAGCGACAAGUUGCCGACAACGUAAUGGAGGAGAGGAAGUCGAUGAUGACGUGUUGUUCAUCACCAUCACGGCGAUCAUGCAGUGGAUGCUGCAGGCUGCAGCCCCAAUGCCUAUAUUCAACGUCGACUUGCAGCGGUGCUUGGUACUUCUUGCAGGUUGUGUUUGCCAUGGCAUGGUUGUGAAUUGGCUAGCGAUGAGGAAUAUGGAGAGGGUGAUGGACAACGGAAGGAGGAUUUGGGUGUUGGAGCGGAGCGGUGGGGUUAAGAAGGACCUGCAGUGUGUGGGUCACCAUCAUGACAAGGUGUUCAUCAGAUUCUGCAGGCUGCCACGUCCACUCUUCCAUGAAGUACUUCAGUACAUCGGUCAGUUGAUACAGCGCCAGACCACGAAUUGGAGACAACCUUUGUCGGCGGAGCAUAAAUUUGCAUGUGCCCUCAUCAGGUGGGCGACUGGUGGUUACUACAGGCAGUCAGGUCACGGGCUGGGCAUGGGUCUUAUGAGUGUGCUGCGGAGCAACAAGGAUGUGGCCGAAACUAUCAUCAGGGAAUACCCUCAUGUCAUCUCCUUUCCACAGGGACGUCGUUUAGAGGACUGCAUGAAUCAUUUUGAACGCAAAGGCUUCCCUGGGUGUGUGGGUGCUAUUGACUGCACCCAUUUAUACAUCGAAAAGCCCAGGAAUAAACGCUCGGAGUGCUACUUCGAUCGCACAAAACAAUUAUCCGUUGUAGCACAAGUCGUUGCGACCAUGAGUGCUGAAUUUCUGAUUUUUAUGUCGGGAGCCCGAGAUCUGUCCACGACUCUCGCGUGCUGCGAAUGUCCCGUCUUUGCGUUCAAGGUGAGAGCGGUGAAGGAUUUUGUUGCGCCUCAAGUGCUGUGGAUUGGGGAUCUUGUUAUGGGAGAUAAGGUCUGGCUUGCCCGUUUUAAUCCUCCCUCCCGGCCCACACAAGCUUUGAUCGCGUACGCACAAAAACAAGUGAUAGUUGAGGUUAGGGAAAGGUCGAUCUCACCUGAAAUUCACUCCCUCCCCUUGAUUGAUUUUUUGUCGUUCAACGAUUGGGCUGAGCUUAUAUACGUAUACCGGCAUAAGAGGAGUGAUUUCAUUGAUACGUUGAAUAGAAUGAUGAGAGCUACCACGACUGUGAAAGAUGCGGUGAGGGUUGAGGAGAGGACAAUAGAGGCCAACACAAUUGAAGCGAAGUCGAAGCUCAUCAAGCUAUGGAGUGUCGAUUCACAGUUUCAUAGGGAGAAGGACGUACGAAAGUUAGCAGUAGCGGAUGAGGUGGCGAUUGAGGAUGAGGAGGAUGAGUUGACUGAAGAGGAGAAGGAGUACUUGAAAAAGAAGGACGCUGAGAUGGCAAAGACCAAAGCUUGUCUGAUGACAAGCAAGAAGAAAACCUUUUCGGAUGUACGAAGGAAUCCCUUCCUCCCCCUUGCCUCACCCAGAUGGGUUGAGAUAAUGUCCACUGCCUUCUCUAGCAAGAUCUGGUCCCUUGAGACCUUCAACUUUCUUGCUCCUAUAGAUCAGAGGGGAUACAGACUGCUAGUGUCCCUUACACAGGAUGAGAUGAAAAAGCGACGUAUGAUAGAGCAUUAGAGACGAGCACUGUACCACCCGAGAUCAAGCUCUCUUUCAAUGGGGAUGGAUUUUUCCUCCCAUCCAUGAGCGUGAUGGACAUCA